GAGCGGCAGGGCGUGCGGGGAGCGCCGAGCCAUCGAGCGGAGUGACUUAGGAGAACAAGGGCCGAGCUGUCGAGAAGAUCGCUCCGCUCUCCGCUCGCUUUGACUGAAGUCGAGCUAACUUUAGCUACAUGUGCUGAGGUCGAGCCGAGGAACUGAUCUCAAACCACAACAAUGCCGACAAUAACUCUACCGCCGAAGGAAAACGCGCUCUUUAAGAGGAUCUUGCGAUGUUACGAACACAAACAGUACAGAAAUGGACUCAAGUUCUGCAAACAGAUCUUGUCCAACCCCAAGUUCGCCGAGCAUGGAGAGACCCUGGCCAUGAAAGGCCUAACCCUCAACUGUCUGGGGAAGAAGGAAGACGCGUAUGACCUGGUGAGAAGAGGGCUGCGCAACGACCUCAAAAGCCAUGUCUGCUGGCACGUGUACGGGCUGCUGCAGCGCUCGGACAAGAAGUACGACGAGGCCAUCAAGUGCUACCGCAACGCCCUGAAGUGGGACAAGGACAACCUGCAGAUCCUGCGCGACCUCUCCCUGCUGCAGAUCCAGAUGAGGGACCUGGAGGGCUAUCGGGAGACCCGCUACCAGCUGCUCCAGCUGCGGCCGGCCCAGCGAGCUUCCUGGAUCGGCUACGCCAUCGCCUACCACCUGCUGGAGGACUACGAGAUGGCUGCCAAGAUCAUCGAGGAGUUCAGGAAAACGCAACAGACGUCUCCGGACAAAGUGGACUAUGAGUACAGCGAGCUGCUGCUGUACCAGAACCAGGUGCUGCGGGAGGCGGGCCUGAACAAAGAGGCCCUGGAGCACCUCUCCAGCUACGAGAAGCAGAUCUGUGACAAGCUGGCGGUGGAGGAGACCCGAGGGGAGCUGCUGUUGAGGCUGGAGCGCAUGGAGGAAGCCACAAAGGUGUACCGCCACCUGCAGGAGAGGAACCCAGAGAACUGGUGCUACUACCACGGCCUGGAGAAGUCCUUGAAAGCAGAAACGGUUGACGAGAAACGGAAAAUCUACGAGGAAGCGUGGGAGCAGUAUCCCAAAGGCCUGGUUCCUCGCAGACUACCCCUCAACUUCCUGUCUGGGGUGAAGUUCCGGGAGUGUCUGGACCGGUACCUGAGGCUGAACUUCAGUAAAGGAUGUCCGCCCGUCUUCACCACCCUCAAGUCCCUCUACCACGACAAAGAGAAGGUCGCAAUAAUUGAAGAGUUGGUGGUCGGCUAUGAAACCUCAUUAAAGGGCUGUCGAAUGUUCAACCAGAACGACGGCGGUAAGGAGGAGCCCCCCACCACCCUCCUGUGGGUGCAGUACUUCCUGGCGCAGCACUACAACAUGGUGGGCCAACAGACACUGGCCCUGGAGUACAUCAACGCCGCCAUCGAGAGCACGCCCACGCUCAUAGAGCUGUUCGUCAUCAAGGCCAAGAUCUACAAGCACGCCGGGAACAUCAAGGAGGCCGCCCAGUGGAUGGACGAGGCCCAGGCGCUGGACACGGCUGACCGUUUCAUCAACUCCAAGUGUGCCAAGUACAUGCUGAAGGCCGGCCUGGUCAAGGAGGCCGAGGAGAUGUGCUCCAAGUUCACCCGGGAGGGAGCGUCCGCGGUGGAGAACCUGAACGAGAUGCAGUGCAUGUGGUUCCAGACGGAGUGCGCCCUGGCCUACAAGGGCAUGAACAAGUAUGGAGACGCCCUGAAGAAGUGCCACGAGAUCGAGAGGCAUUUUGUGGAGAUCACGGACGACCAGUUUGACUUCCACACGUACUGCAUGCGUAAGAUGACGCUGCGCUCGUACGUGGACCUGCUGAAGCUGGAGGACCUGCUGCGGCAGCACCCCUUCUACUACAAGGCGGCGCGCACCGCCAUCCAGAUCUACCUGGGGCUCCACGACAACCCGCUGACCGACGACAGCAAGGAGAUGCAGGCCGACACAGCCAACCUGUCGGACAAGGAGCUGAAGAAGCUGAGGAACAAGCAGCGGCGGGCCCAGAAGAAGGCCCAGCUGGAGGAGGAGAAGAAGACCGCCGAGAAGGAGAAGCAGCUGAAGAACCAGAAGAAGAAGAAGGAGGACGACGACGAGGAGAUCGGAGGGCCCAAGGAGGAGCUCAUCCCCGACAAGCUGGCCAAGGUAGAGAAUCCCUUGGAAGAGGCGGUCAAGUUCUUGACGCCACUGAAGCACCUGGUGAGGGACAAGAUCGACACGCAUCUGCUGGCUUUCGAGAUCUACUUCAGGAAAGAAAAGUACCUGCUGAUGCUCCAGUCCGUCAAGAGGGCCGUGGCCAUCGACCGCGACAACCCCUGGCUCCACCAGUGUCUGGUGCGCUUCUUCAAAGGAGUGUCGGAGAGCACUGACCUGCCUGUGGCCGUGCGCACGGUGCUGAAGCAGGAGAUCACUCGGCUGUUUGGGGACAGCAACGCCAGCAGCUUCAACCAGGAAUACCUCUCCAAGCACUCCAGAUCCAUACCCCACCGAGUGGCGGCUGCUAAGAUGAUGGUCUACAUGGACUCAUCGACUGAAACUAAAGCGAUGGAGCUGGCCACCUCCAUUGACGAGUCCCUCGUCAACAGAACCAUCGUGAUCUGCACGGACGUGCUGGAGAGCCUUGGCAACGGCGUGCUGGGCGACUGCAAGGAGCGCGCCGAGGCGUACCGCGCCGCGUGCCACAAGCUGUACCCCUACACGCUGGCCUUCAUGCCCCCCGGCUACGAGGAGAGCGCCAAGAUGGCCAACGGCGACACCAGCAUGGAGACGGAGGAGCUGACCAAUGAGAUGUGAGCGCCUGGUGCUGGCGGCGGCGGCGGCGGCGGAGGAG